UGCAAAAAUUUUUGGGGAUUUCAAGCAACUCGAACAAACCUAUUGAGUCUUAUGAAUUGCGGUACUUUAUUAAUCUAGUGACUUUACAUACAUCAUGUUCUGUGACCACCACGUGGUAGAAACAAAUUUUGCUCUCUCUCUUUUACAUUCCGGCAGCCGAACGGAUCAGUCGACUCUCUGUAUCAUUAAAGUUUUACUUUGUAAUAAAUUAAGUAUAGUGAACACGCGCUCUAUUCUGUUGUAAAGGGACCCAAAAAACAAAGAUCCUACAAUGUUGAUUUUACCUAACAACGAAAGGAAGACGGCAGCGGCGACGAAAAACGUAUCCGUUACACAGCAAUGUCACGAGUGUUUCAAUAACCGCCGUAUAAUCAAGUUAUCGUAUCAGAAGCUAAAGAAUUUCAACAUUGCUCUAGGAGAUUUUCUAAGUUUUCUAAAAAAAUGCGUCGCGGAUAAGUGUUUGUUGGAAUCCGAGAAUUCUCGAUUGAAGCAGGAGAUCUCUGAUAUCAAGGCCAAGUACGAAAACGAUCUGUUCAACAUGCGGGAGGCUCUCAACGAAACACAUAACAAAUUAAACUUUUUCGAAGCGAAUACUAAAUCCCUACAAGAUAGAAAUAAGGAUGACGAAACAAGAUGUUUGCUGGAGUCCGAGAAUUCCCAAUUGAAGCAGGAGGUCUCUAAUAUCAAGGCCAAGUAUGAGAACGAUCUGUCCAACAUGCGGGAGGCGCUCAACGAAACACAUAACAAAUUAAGCUUUUUCGAAACAUAUACUAAAUCCUUGCAAGAUAAAUACAAGGAUCUCGAAGCGAGAUUGCAACGGAAGUCCUCAAACCUACAAAAACAAUGCAUAUUUACGUACAAUUCAAAGAUAUUAGAGUCAGUUUCUAGUCUGCAGAGUAACAUUCAUUGUCUGGAGAGUAAAAUUCAUCGGUUAAAAGAAAUCUGGAUUCGGCAAAACAGAAAUUACCAGGACAAAGUCUGAUUGAUCAUAUUAACAAGCUUAAGAUAAAGAUUUUCAACCUCGAACGCUUGUUCGAGAGAGUAAGAUACCUUUACAACAAGUAUUAUGACACUCUGAUUCAGACUGCACACAGCAAGUAGAGGUGGAAAAUUAUCGAUAACACUGUCGAUUGUUAUCGAUAGUUUUAGUUAUCGACAUUUUUUUUUUUUUUUUUACCGAUUAUCGAUGGUUUUCAAAGAGGAAUCAGUGGCUUUUUUCAUGAAACAAUAUUUUUAAUUACAUAAAAUUAUUAUUUGGUAUUACUCAUUAAAUCAUACUAUAAUAUCUUUCUGUUUCUUUAAUAUCUUUGUACUAUUUUGUAGUAU